AUGGUCUUUAAUUACCAUCAUCGCAUUUUGUCUUUAAGCUCGGAGCUUUCGUUGUUUAAGAAGGUUUGCUUCGAAGAUGGAAUUCUUCCGAUAAUACUCGCGAGAAAAACCUACUUUUCACAGCUAGUAAUUGAUCAAGCUAAUCGACAAAUGCUCCAUGAAGGAACGCAAGUUAAUCUUCUUCAUGUUCAAGAAAAGUUUUGGUUCCUAGAAAGAAGAAUUCCUUUUCGCUCAUUCAUCCUGAGAUGCGUGAUCUGUGCUCGAUAUCGCGCUCGACGUGCUCAACAGCUCAUGGGCCAGCUCCCAGCUGAUCGUGUGAUACCAGUUCGACCAUUCCACACUACUGGGGUAGAUUAUACGGGUCCUUUCACGCUCAAGACAUUCCAGGGAAGAGGCGCAAAAACAUAUAAAGGCUGCAUAGCUGUUUUUGUCUGCUUCGUGACUUCAACUGUUCACUUGGAGUAUGUUGCGAGAGGUUAA